ACAAUCCAACGGAUUUUGGCGGGCUUACUUUAGUCUGCUGGGAGAGUUCGGAGAGAAUUGGAUGGAUGAUAUUGCAUUCACUUCACAAUGCUUUUCUGGAUCAAAUCAGCCACUUAUCUUGCCGUCCUUACAUUUAUUUUUCUCAUUGGAAGAAGGUUUUUGGAUGGUUUUACUGUCACUGUACGUGUUGAUCCUGAAAUUGCCUUGGUCGGACAAGGUGUGAUUCUGUCCUGCCACAUCACUGGCCAGCUUCCCACUAAUUAUCAAGUACGUUGGUAUAGAUUGGAAAGGAACAAAAAUACAACGUUAUAUUUUUACAAUAAUCUAUCAAAUGGGACUGAGAUGGUCCGGGCUGGGGACCACCCCAUGAGUGAUGCUCUCAAAGGCUGGUAUGAGAAUGGAGUUGUUACGGUGAGACUCUUUCCUGUGCAAAAAGAAGAUACUGGGAAGUACGUGUGUGAAGUGACAGGUGAUGGUGUCUACAAAGAAGCCGAUACCCAGGUGAUUGUUGCAGACAAAAGGAAGUGGAAUGGAGACAAAAGUCAGCAAAAAGAAGACAAAAGGCAGCAGAAAAUGGGUUUCUUCUGUUUAUUGCUUUAUGUUUAUGUGAUCAUUGAACGUAUUUUUGGAAAAAGCAAAAGUUUCUUAUUUUGUUUAUUGUUCUUUAUUCCUGUGAUCGCUGAAAAUUUCAUUGGAGAAAGCAAACAUUUCUUAUUGCCCAUUAUUCCUUUGACCACUGAAUAUGUUUUUGGAAUAAGCCAAA